UCAAGAAAGGCGAUUCCAAUUACCAAACUUGAAGGGACGUUUCAGCAACGGUGAUAACUUCAGGGACCCAAAUACACAUUCAUUAUGCAGAGUGAGAACUAAGAAGACCCAAAACCAAAGUCUGCAACUUUGCCUCUCUACUCAAGUCUCCCUCCUGCUAGCUAGGCAACGAAAUGAAAGAAACUGUAGUUCUGUAUCCAGCUCCUGGCAUAGGCCACCUUGUGUCCAUGGUGGAGCUGGCCAAGCUAAUCCUCCAUCACAACCCCCAAAUCUCCCUCACAGUCCUCCUCACAACCGGACCUUUCGACACCCUCGCCACCACUUCCUACAUCAACCAAAUCUCUCAAGUCAAUCCUUCUAUCGCUUUCCACCAUUUCCCCCCUCUCUCCACACCUCUUGACACAUCUCCCACUCGGAGUCACGCAGCCAUCACCUUUGAGUUCAUCCGCCUUAAUGACCCAAACGUCCGCCGGGCCCUGCAAUCCAUCUCCCAAACCUCCACCAUCCGAUCCUUCGUCAUCGAUCUCUUCUGCACUUCGGCUCUUCAUAUCAGCUCCAAUCUCGAUAUCCCCACUUACUAYUUCUUCACAUCUGGAGCUUCCAUCCUYGCAUAUUUSUUCUAUCUCCCCACCAUCCACAGUCAGACAACCCAAAGUUUCAAAGACUUCACCACUACUUACUUCCAUUUUCCAGGCCUACCGCCCAUCCUUGGCUCUCACAUGGUGGAACCCGUAUUGGUCCGCACAGACCCAGCCUAUGAUGACUUUGUAUACUUCACCGCCCAUCUCCCUAAAUUGAAAGGGAUCAUAGUUAACACCUUUGAGUCUCUAGAGCCAAUAGCCAUCAAAGUUAUCUCUGAUGGGGUCUGUCUACCUGAUGCUCCGGUCCCUCCUGUUUACUAUGUUGGGCCGUUAAUUUCUGAUGCCAGCGAUCGAAGAGGUGACAGUGGCGGUGUGGCGGAUUGCUUGCGGUGGCUUGAUGCUCAGCCCAGCCAAAGUGUAGUUUUCUUGUGUUUCGGCAGUCGUGGUGCCUUCUCUGUGGCGCAGUUGAAGGAGAUAGCUCAUGGGUUGGAGAAGAGUGAGCAGAGAUUCUUGUGGGUGGUGAAGCCUCCACCACCUCUCCAAGGGGAGAAGAGCUUGAAAUUCGCAGUACAAAGCGAUGAUCUCGAUUUGGAGGCUCUACUGCCUGAAGGGUUCUUGAAUCGGACCAAAGGCAGGGGCCUGGUAGUCAAGUCAUGGGCUCCCCAGCAAGAGAUCCUGAGUCGAGAAUCGAUUGGUGGGUUCGUAACUCACUGCGGCUGGAACUCGGUGCUGGAAGCCAUAUGUGCAGGGGUGCCUAUGGUGGCUUGGCCGCUCUACGCGGAGCAGUUUAUCAACAGGGCUGUACUGGUGGAGCAGAUGAAGUUGGUGAUGCCUUUGGAUCAAGCUGAGGAUGGUUUUGUGAAUGCUGCCGAGGUUGAAAAACGAGUGAGGGCGUUGACGGAGUCGGAAGACGGGAGAGUGCUCAGAGAACGUAGUGAGGAGAUGAAAAUGGCUGCAAAAGCUGCGUGGGUUGAGGGAGGCUCAUCUUUCGUUGCGUUUAACAAAUUCUCCGAGUCAUGGAAGUAACAGAGAGGACGACUCUCUCAAAUCUGUACGUGGAAAUUUGUGAUAUGAGGAAUAAACGGUGUGAGUCCAAAUUGGAGCCACAUCCUCUGCAUUGUAGUUACAGAAAAAAAUCUGCAACUUCGGAUAACAAUCCACCACGUCACGUGUUGUAACGGAGGAGUGGAAAGGUCAUAGUCAAUGGCCGUAUAAUUUAUUAGUUUGUAAAAAUUUGAACGCUCGCCCAGUCGAGGCUUUUUGUUU